AUGCUGGAAGAAGAUCGGCAGGCGUUGCGCAAGAUGAAGGCCGACUUCGAGGCCCUCGCCGACCUGGCGAAUAGCGACUUCAAAGGAUACAAUACCUUCGAGAGACGGAUGAACCACUACAACACCGUCUACACUGCAGCGACGCGGAACACGUCGAGGGCUGCCGAGUACCCUGGCUACGAUGCUGGCGAGCUAUUGUACAUGGAGUAUAAUGAAAUGUUGACUACCUACCUGUGGCGAUACCGAGACCUUUCUGGCGACUCCGAGAAGGGGCUUUUUCAGAAGAUUUUGGAUGUGUGGGAUCACUACAAGAUCCUGAUGAAAUGGAACAUGCGGACGUUCGGGUACCUGUCCCGGUACUAUAUUGUGUACCAUUCAAAGCCUUCGCUGCAGCAAGUGGGUCUGAGCAUCUUUCUGGAGCAAGUCUUCAAGAAAAAUGCCGAUGUAGUGAGCUCAAUUACGCAGAAGCUGCUUCUGAAAGAGAGGGCGGAUCGAGUCGUGAGUACCGACGCCAAGCAGAUUGCGACAGCAAUCGGGCUCUUUUCCUCCAUGAACAUCGAGGACACUCAGUCGAUCUACAUCACAGCGUUUCUAGAGCCGUACUUGGACAAGACGAAGAGAGACUACGAGCGGUUUUUGCAGGAGUGGGACGCUGCAGCCGACGCGGCCGUCUUUCUCCGCUCCGUUCACGAAGCUCUCACAAAUGAGCGGAGUAUAUGUCGUCGCUACUUUUCGAUGCAGGAUGAAGAGCGCAUUAUGACGUGUGUCGAGGCCACCCUUGUCGACUCCCCUGUCACGCGGAACAAACUGGUGGACUCCCCUACGGGUGUUCUAGCGAUGUUGCGAAACCGGGAUGAGGCCCAGCUGCAAAUGUGCAAUAGCUUCUUCUCCAGGCGCGAGUCUGGCGUCGCACUUCUGGCAGGCCUGAUCAAGAAGCAAAUUGAGGACGAGGGUCUGGAACUGUGUGAGAGGUUCAAAGACGAGGAGGCUUCCGUAGACGUGGUGGCCUACACCACAGGGAUGAUGCACUUGCAGGAGGUCUACCCGCAACUGCUGUCGCGCUGUUUCCAGCUUGACUUCACUCUUUCUAAGGCUGUUCGGGAGGGACUGGAAGCAUGCUACAACCACGGUGUGUCCGUCACGAGCAGCAGUGGCGGUGAAAGCCACGUUGUGCCCUUCUGCGAAUGGCUCUCGCACUACGUGAAUCACCUGUUCCAACAAGAGGCGGGACCAGCCAGCGCAGAGGUGGAUCGCAUUGUAGCCACUUUAGCGUAUGUGACGGAGCGCGAUCGCUUCAUCGCGACGUCGCGCGAGCACAUGGCCGAUCGUAUUCUCUUUCCUGUUAAGAAGUUCAACGAGGCGAAUGAGCGCGCGCUCAUCCAGCGCUUCCGGCAGCGGUGCGGCCCGGCGUGCACCGCGUGCUUGGAGAGCAUGCUGCACGACUGGGAGGCGUCAAAUAGUUUUCGUGCAAUGGAAGUGCUGGCGAGCAAGAACAUAAUCUCACCAUUCGAGGUUAACCUCCUUGUUGCUAAGAAAGGAAUCUGGCCAUCUCGACUUUCUGACGAGCCCGACAUCGUUGUUCCGUCAUUUUUGCAGCGCGUCUUGGAGCCGCUCCGCGACGAGUAUCUUGCCGGGAAGUCAGGUCGCGUGCUGACGUGGUCGCACGAGUGCAGCAGUGGUGAGCUGCAGGGCUAUUUCAAGAAAGGUACUCAGCUUUUUUAUGCGUGUGGCAUCCAAACGUUGAUUCUUCUGUGCUUUAACUCAUCGCCAGUAUGCACACCCCAGCAGAUUGGGGACCGCUGCCAUGUUACGUUCGCCUCACUUCAGCGGUACCUGUCGCCUCUCAUUCGCAGUCGCGUCCUCACCCGGAAAUCUGGGAAGGCGCUGCUGCAAUUGGAUGACGAACUUACGGUCAACGACGAGUUCGUCUGCAGAGCACGGCGAAUGCGGCUUCCUCCGUCGCUUGCGCGUGUGAGCGUUGUCGGAAGCGACCGCAUAUCAAAGCAAGUCGAAGAAGACCGAAAGCCGGCUAUCGACGGGGCGCUGGUGCGUAUUAUGAAAGGGCGUCGCUCUCUUGAGCACGCGGAGCUAAUUCUCGAGUGUCAACAGCACCUCAGCUCACGAUUUUCGCCGGAUAUCAAGCUGAUCAAACAGCGCAUAGAGGAGCUGAUCCGACGAGAAUAUAUCAGCCGCGAUUCCCGCAAUAAAGGUGUUUACCAUUAUAUUGCUUGA